AUGGUCUCGCAUACGAACCGCCUCUACCUGCGUCGCCUCCUACGCUCACGCUUCCCCAAGAUAGUCUUCAUCCUCGUCGUCAUAAUCAACGUUCUCGAUGUCCUUCGAAUCCAUAGGAACCUCCUCGAUGCCGAUCGCACUCCAGCCCCGAAGCUCUCGCAGCCUCCCGGGCGCAUCUAUAUCGCAAGCAUGCACUUCAACAACGAGCGCGUAAUUAGGGAUCACUGGGGUCCUGCGGUGAUAGAACUUGCAAAGCUUUUCGGGCGAGAGAAUGUCUUUGUUAGUGUGUUUGAGAGCGGGAGCUGGGACAAUACUAAAAGGGAGCUGCAUAACAUGGAUCAGGAGCUCGAGAAACUAGGAGUUCCCCAUCGUGUGGAGAUGUCAGAUGUCACGCAUAAAGAUGAGAUUGAGAAUCCAAAUAAGGGAGAAGGCUGGAUCGACACACCUAGGGGGAAGCACGAGUUGAGAAGGAUACCGUUUCUCGCAAAGCUGAGAAACAGGACGUUACAGGACUUGAUAGACCUGUCCAAGAAAGGACAGCAUUUCGAUAAGGUUCUCUUUCUCAACGACGUCGUCUUCACGACGGACGAUGUGCUCAAGCUCCUCGGCACGAACGGCGGUGACUACGCUGCAGCUUGCUCGCUUGAUUUCUCGAAACCGCCACAGUACUAUGAUACAUUUGCACUGAGGGAUACAAAUGGAGAGGCGCAUGCGAUGCCUACCUGGCCGUAUUUCAAGAGUAGUGUUUCGAGGAAUGCUCUUGUUAAUCACUUGGAUGCUGUGCCUGUUGCAAGCUGCUGGAAUGGAAUUGGUUUGUUUCCUUACGCUUAA